CACGCAUACGCGCACACAACGGCAACGUCUACAAAUUUUUUUUUCGUGUGUGUUCGACAUUCAUAAUUUUUUGUGGUGGAGCGAACUGCCUGCAACAAAAAGAAAAUUUAACCAAAUUUGCCGAAAAGGCCGUAUAUAUCGAACAAAAUUAAAGUUAGCCAGAAACCUAUCUCGUGAGCCCUGUGACCUAAACACACGGAGCAACACACCGUUUUGAAGUAGAGGAAGUAACAAAGAAGCAGCCCAGAAGAAGGAAGCCACCUAGAAGAAGCUGGAAAAAGUUGAAGGAAAGAAGAGAAAAUGUCGAGUCUGCCACGCCGCAUAAUCAAGGAGACACAGCGCCUGAUGCAGGAGCCGGUGCCUGGGAUUAAUGCCAUACCGGAUGAAAAUAAUGCUCGCUAUUUCCAUGUGAUCGUCACCGGGCCCAAUGACUCGCCCUUCGAGGGUGGCGUCUUCAAGCUGGAACUGUUUCUGCCCGAGGACUAUCCGAUGUCGGCCCCCAAGGUGCGCUUCAUAACGAAGAUCUAUCAUCCCAAUAUCGAUCGUCUGGGCCGCAUCUGUUUGGAUGUGCUCAAGGACAAGUGGAGUCCAGCGCUGCAGAUACGCACGAUUCUGCUGUCGAUUCAGGCUCUGCUCAGCGCACCCAAUCCCGAUGAUCCCCUGGCAAACGAUGUGGCCGAGCUCUGGAAGGUCAAUGAGGCGGAGGCCAUACGCAACGCCCGUGAGUGGACCCAGAAGUAUGCUGUCGAAGACUGAAUCCUUGUCAUUGUCGGCACCUUAUCAUAUCCUUGAACGAAGCAGGACGACACGAAAGCACGAGAUGAUAAUGCAUGGAAGGAGGAUGAUCUUGCGAUGGGUGCGUGACGGGGACAGCGACUGGAGUUGUAGGGCGGGUGGGGUAAAACAAUGCAUAAGCAUAUAUUAAAUCUCUAAAGAAAAACACAAAAGAAAACAACAAAUAAGAGAAGAAAAUGUUAUAAAUAAUUUUUCCUAUUUUUUUUUUUUGUCUCGGGCGGGAUAACCAACUUAUUGUUUCCUUCUCUAAAAUUAAGCGAUCGAGAUCCGGGUAUGAUCAGUGCGCAAUGACGGAUGGAUAGGAGAGGUGUUACGUAGAACAUGGCGAAAAUAUCGAAGAGAACUCAGAUAAGAUAUGGAAGCGAGGGAGAGAAAGAGGUAACCAUUCGUUGUAAAAUUAUAUACCACAAUACAUGUAUCCGAAAUACCCAUA